CAGAUUGUUGGGCCCAGAGUAUCGAGGGCCAUCAGAUCGCAUGUAUCUUCCUGCGAAAAUCAGGAAACAUCGUGGACUGGAGAGAGUCAUUCGGCCCUUCGAGGCUCGCUCCCAGCCCAGAACGGGGAUUGCAGUGGGUGGGACAUGGGGUUGAAGCUGGUCAGAAUGCGCUGACGUCAAGGAGAAGCCCGCGCGUGAUUCGAAUAUCGUGACAUUUACCCAAUUGAUACAUUUUAUCUGCGCGGGAUUUAAAGGGGCCGCGACCCUCCUACCCCGGCUCUCCGCUUUCGAUAAAACAAAAGCAAACCUGGGAAACAUGGCUUCCACAUCGCCUUAUUUCACGCCAGGGGUACUGACUCGGAACAUGAGCCGACGGGUGUGCGCGACCGCCGGCGGCAGGUUGCGACAGCCCGGGAAAGGCGAUGGGAGACCCGUCUGCAGCGAUGCAGCGGGACAACCUGGCGGCGACUCCAUCCAGGAAACGGUCAGAGCGCUCCCAACGAUCCAGUCUGAAGACUCUGCCCCCACGAGUGCACCGAGGCAGAAAAGGGAGCGCUUGCAGGCUGGCAGCAAGUCGACCAAAGUCACUGGCCAGGCGCAGGCAGCUGUUUCACCCGCCGAUGAGACAAACUCUGAAUGGGAACCCAAGGACUGGCGAGAGCAGUGGAAUAAUAUCAGGGAGAUGAGGAAGGUCAGGGACGCGCCUGUGGAUCACAUGGGCGCUGAACAUUGUUUCGACAAAACUGCAGCCCCGGAGGUCAUGAGGUAUCAGGUGCUUUUGUCGCUCAUGCUCUCCAGCCAGACCAGGGAUCAUGUGACAUCUGCAGCAAUGAAAAAGCUGAGAGACCAUGGCUUGACUGUGGAGAGCAUUCUCAAGAUGGAGGACAAGACACUCGGAGAGCUCAUCUAUCCAGUCGGAUUCUGGAGGAAUAAAGUGAAAUACAUUAAACAGACCACUGCGAUCCUGAAGGAACAGUACAGUGGUGACAUUCCCAACAGCAUCAGCGAACUUCUGAAACUUCCAGGAGUGGGACCGAAGAUGGCCCAUCUCAUCACGAAGAUAGCCUGGAACAACGUGUCUGGCAUCAGUGUUGACACCCAUGUGCACAGGAUUAUAAACCGACUAAAGUGGGCCAAAAAAGAGACCAAAAAUCCAGAGGAAAGUAGACGGGCACUGGAAGAAUGGAUGCCACGGGAGCUCUGGAGUGAGACCAACUGGCUGCUGGUGGGAUUUGGUCAGCAGAUGUGCCUUCCAGUGAACCCUCGCUGUGCUGGAUGUCUCAACAGAGAUAUCUGUCCCACAGCCAAGAACAAUCUUCGGAAAACAAAUCCUGGGCUUCCUCCCAGCUCUCUGCGUCAGCCUUGCCAACAGCAACAAUAAUUAAAUCCUUGUGUUUAGACAUUAGGUCGUGGUAUAAAUUAUUCAAAAGGAUGGGGAGAUGUUUGUCCCAAAGUUAACUAAAACAAAACUGUAUCUGAUGUUGUUGAUGGAUUCCAGUUGCUGGUGGAGCAUUGAACACAAUUGACUAAUGAUGUUCCCAGUGAGAGCAGUGUGCAGGUUCUAAAGAUGCAUCUUUAAUAGGACCGGGUAUCGCAGCCUGGUGACAAGUGCCCCAUACUGACACAGGCAGGCAAGUCUCACAUACUAAUCUGCGGCUUAUCAAGUAGUCAAAUUCCCCACUGGUAAACCAACUGUUUGACAUUCCACCGAAUGCUCCUAGUUCACCAGUUAAGGCAUUUGUAUUAAAUUCUAUUGUCUUCUGUGCUUCAUUGGGUUAAAGUUUUUAACUAGUGUGGGCAGUAAUUUUACCUGAACACUAACCAAUGCCUCAAAAAUAGAAUGUAAAUGAUUAAUUAGCAUCCCUUAAUUAUCCUGUGGUUUGCAGUACAUUUUUAUUUCAGUAAACAGCAGUACCCUUGGUUGACACACCUAUCUUUAGCCUGUGCUUUUUUUUUUAAAGAAAGGAUUUCCUUCAUUCCCUCUCCCUCGUUACAAGUUGUUCCUCCAUUGAGAAGUCCUCCUUGGCUCCAUUCCCUGGCUGGGAGGGACACAGGGCAGCUCCCUGUACCCAACCCUCUGUAGGUGUCUUCCCUUAACUGAAAAAAUGUCAGUGACAUAGACUGGCAGUGAAAGGCCAUUAUGUCAAUUAACCCUCCACCAACUGAAAUUUGGGAAGAAGAAUUCAGUCUGCCACACCUGAGAUUCUGAACACCCCUGAGAUUCUGAACACCCCUGUGCCACCACCCCCACAAGCCCUCACUCAUUACUUGCAUAAUGAGGGACAACUCAAAUAGUUGAGUGCUCACUUUCCAACCAGAUGUAUGCUACCCAAAAUCACCAAGACCAGUAGAACUGGAAAUUCGUUCUCCCACCUUGCCUACUUCAGUUGACCUAUUUCUGGGUUAAGAAUUUGACACAUUGCUGGAGCUUAGGAGAAUUUAUAUCUGACAACCGGACUUUUUUUUUUAAUGGCCUUAAUGCAAGUGGCUGGGUGGAUAAAUACUUCACUUGACAGAUACCAAAGCAAAAUACCAUGGAUGCUGCAAACCUGAAAUAAAAACAGAAAGUGCUGGAAAAACUCAGCUAAUCUGGAAAUAUCGAUGGAGAGAGAAACAGAAUGAACACUUCAGGUCAAGAGAGUUUCUCUCUCCACAAAUGCUGCCAGACCUGCUGAGCAUUUCCUGGGCAGAGCUGCUUCACUCUGCACAGUAAUGGUUUUGUGAUGUGUUCUCUCCAUGCACCCUUUUCCAUUCAGCACUGACUGAGCCCAUAACUCACUUCACCCUUUCCUCCAAGUUCUGCAAUCUGACCACUUAAUUCACUGUUUCAAGCAAAGAAACACCAAAGUCUUGCAGCAGAUAAGCACUGAGAGGCAAAUGGCCAGAAAUGGGCAAGAUAAAGUACAGGGUUAUGAAAGCAGUUGCAAAGCUAAUCUACUUUAAUUACUUAGCCACAGUCAUCAGAAUUUAAUGGUUCUUCUGUCCAUCCACCUCCUAAGAAAGUACAAGCUAGAAAUGACUGGACAAUAUCAGCCAAUGUUCAUUUCUCAUUCCUCUGUUUGCUAUUUUAUCAGCGAUGACAGUGCAUUUAUUCAUCAAAAUGUGAGACAGGAAUAUCUUAGCACAUUAAACAUUCUUUCACUGAUAUCAUCAGCACCGAUUUCUGGGCUAUUGCUUUGGUAACUGGUUGGACUGUCCACAUUCAGCUGUCACUAUUUAUAUUAAAUUCAGUGCAGGUUUGUUAAACCAGCUCCAAUAUCAUAGCCCCACUUCAGACAUAUUAACAGCAGUACAAACCACCACGGAGCUCAACACAACAGGUAAAAGGUACAUCCUGUAUAAAUUCUAGGGUAGGGCCAAAUACUUCAAUAUGAUUGAGUGAAGCUUCUGGUUGGUACUGACUCAGGGCAGAUGUAGUGUCUUAUGAACUGGAUGCCUCCCACUGUGUAACAUAAUUGCAUAAGAAUGAAAAGAAAAUGUCUAUAGUUUUAUUUUUAUAUUUGUAACUCAUUACCUUCCAUAUAUGUUGUAAUUUACCUUGCAUACUAAGGAACAGUAGAUGCAUCCGUAGUGUAUUGGGAUGAGAGAGGAUUUAAGUAACCAAGCCUUCUCUUCUCAUUCAGUUAAUUUAGCUAUCUUCUGUUGGCCAAGGCAGCACCAGUUAUUUAACAAACUGGAAGAAUUUGUGGACAAGUUUAUGUUUAAAUAUAUAGGAAUCAUCAGAAGAAACCAAUUUAAAGGGUUGGCAGCACAAGUAUUUGUGAAGAUUGUGCACCCAAAGUGUGUGAUGUGGCUAGUGUUCUAAAGCCUAUUAGUGUAGCUAAGGAUGCGUAUGCAAGACCACUCAGCCCAUUGAACACACUGCUUUCAAGGUAUGCUCAAGUAAAUAGAAGCUGGAUGCUAUUAACGUGCAUGGAAAUCCACAUCCACUGAGACGUGUGACAUGUGCGGUUGGGAAUACUGUUCAGUGGCUUAAGUCUCUGCUGAGGCCUGGGGUGGGGUGGUUCUGCAUGGGGUGGGGGGUGUGGCGAAGGGGUUGUUGCUACAUUACUUAAAGUCAACCAGAAUGUCAAUCUACAAGAGCUCCACUUUUACAUGGAAAUAAAAUAAUUGUAAGAA